UAUACUUUCAUCACGCCCUCUCCAUAUAUAUCGGCGACUCAUGCUCCUACCUCUCACCGCGCCGGCGCGGCUGCUGCUGCUACUGGUGAGCUUAUUACUCCUGCCUACAGCCUCUACGAUCAGGACAUACGCUUUCGAUACGUCAUGCGUCAAACACCCAGCAUACGAAAAACUCCGUGAUGGGAUUGAGGAAGCGAUCCACAUCGCUACGCUGAGUGAAUUCUACCUAAAUUUCGACCCUCCUUUACAGUUCAUCAACGAGGGCUUUCAAUACAUUUUUAAAGAGGAGGCUGAUAGUACGCGGGUGUUGGGCGUAAUGGGGUACAUUGGGGCCAUGAAAGAAGAGAAGAGGUUCGAGUUUGCAGGACUGCACAUCUACUGCGACAACACACGCUGGACGGAAGAGUCUCCAAGUAAAGCUAUAUCGGACACGGGAGAGCCAGUGUGGUCAGAUUAUAGCAGCGGUAUGAUGUUUGUGACUAAGCCGGAGUGCACCGACACAAUGACAGCUACAACCUACGUAGGCAGAGAAACCCCUCCCGGGUACGAGCACUACAGGCCAGCAGAUCGAACGACCAUAACGAUAUGCGAGUACGGCCUGAAAGCAUUAAAGGGAAGUCUGCCUAAGGAUAUCGGGAAGCUAAAGACAAUGGAAGAUUUAGAGAUGUAUACUAGUACUCUAUUUCUUCACGAGUUGGGUCAUACGAGUCCGCUAGAGCUAAAGGAUGUUUACCCAGCAUAUGGGUGGAAAAAUGUCCUCCAAAAGCCAUCAGACGACGCGCUGGACAAUGCGGACAGCUAUGCUUUUUUCGGAAUGCUGGUAUAUUUAAGUAGCAAGGGGUAUCGCCUUUUACCAGGUAGUAUUGUGCCUUUUCCACCCAGAAAUAAAACCCAAAGAGAGGAUUGAAAUCAAGAGUAUAG